CGCGGCACCUGCUGCUGCUGCUGCUGCGGCGGCUCCGGCCAUGGGCGCGCUGCGGCGGGCGGCGCUGGCGCUGGCGGCUCUGCUGGGUGUCUCCUCGGCUGUGGUGGAGGUGCACGUGGCCACGGAYUCGGUGGUGUCCGUGGAGGGGCAGCCGGCGGUGCUGCCUGCCUGGUACACCAGCCACUCCAGCAAGACUCCCUACGUCAUCUGGAUGCUCGAAAGGAAUACUGAUCGCUUCCAGAUCCUGGCAUACAUAGGAGGGGUGGUGAAGGUGGGGGAGACGGAUCUGAAGCCCCGUGUGGGGUUCCUGUACCCCGUCCUCAUCCGCAACGUCUCGCUGCUCAUCAACGCCACCCGGGAGCAGGACUCGGGGCAGUACACGUGCUCCGUCAACGUGGAGGACGACUCCACCUCCACGACGAGUGUCGGCGUCAUCAACCUCAACGUCCUGGUGCCGCCRGCCGUGCCCACCUGCCAACUGCACGGCAGCGCCGUCGUGGGGGCCAACGUSACCCUGAGCUGCUCCUCCAAGAAGGGGAAGCCCUCGCCCCUGUACCAAUGGCAACGCGAGCCCCCCACCCCGCAGGUCUUCUUCCCCCCAACCCAGGACCUGGCCAGGGGCACCCUCAAGCUGACCAACCUCUCCCUGGAGAUGUCGGGGGUCUAUGUCUGCAGGGCUGAAAACCAAGCAGGUUCUAAGAACUGCAGCAUUGUCCUGGARGUACACUCAACGAGCACCAAAGCAGUCAUUGCCGGCGCCGUGCUGGGCUCCCUGGGUGCCCUCGCCACCAUCAUCUUCUUUGCCCAGAAGGUUGUUGGCUACAGGAGGAAAAAACGUGACAGCCAAGAGGAGGGAGCCAACGAGAUCAAGGAGGAUGCCCUGGCACCCAAAACCCCGUCGUGGGCGAGGAGCCCAGCCUCAGACACCAUGUCCAAAACCAGCACCCUGUCCUCCAUCGCCGGCACCCGGGAGAAGCCCUACGUAGCCAGACCCCCCUCCGACACCGCCUCCAUCCUCACCACCACCGGCAGCUACCGGGGACCCCCGCCCCGGGGAGGGGGGCGGCCCCCCAACCUCUCACCCCCCGCCGUUAACGGGACCCCCCAGCGCCGCCAGGACCCAGCCGCCCCCCUGGGCUCGUUGCCCCCCUCCAGCCUGGCACGGGCAGGUGCCGUCCCUGUCAUGGUGCCAGCACAGAGCCGAGCUGGCUCCUUGGUGUGAGCGCCUCCCCCCAAAAAACAGGGGUGCCCAUAGCCAGCCCACCCUGCUCCCCGUUUUCUGGGGUGGUUUGUCCCUUUUGGRGUUUUCUUUUCUUUUUAACAGAUGCCUCGAGCAGCUGGACUCAUCGUGGGCGUGUUUAAUGGGUGCAGGGGCUCUCUGGGUUUGGGGGGACCAAGUCUCCCCAUAAAUAUCACCCCCCCGACCAGCCCCAGCCCCGCCUCAGGGGGGUUCCCCUUAUUAUUAUUUUUUCUAUAUCUAUAUAUCAGGUGAAAUGAGGGAUUUUUUCAUAAAAGAGCAUUAAAAGUGGGGGGUGGGGUGACAGGGACAGACACACACACUUUUUU